AAGCCGCGGGAGCGCGAUAGGGAGCCGGGGCCGCGUUUCUUCGCCGCCGCCGCCGCCCUCGAGGUCUUGCUUGCCGAGGGGAGCCGCGCCAGUGGCGGAGCCUGCAGGAGGACCUUCCUCGCUCCCGGUCUGCGUCCCGGCUGCUGCGGGGCCUUCGCGGGAGUCGCCGCUGGAUCGAUCGGGGGCAGGCCCUGUCCACGGUGCCGGCCUCCCUGCGCCGUCCUUGCCCGGCAGCCGCUUGGUCAGCAGCCGCCGGCCGUACCGGCGGCGGGGGGCGUUCGGGAGCAGCAUCCCCCGCCGAGGCUUAGAGCCAUCUGCACCCUGCAGCCGCCGCCGUGCCUCUCCGCGCUGUUUCUGAGCGGCUCCCGGCUCCCAGACAUGACCGCCAUCAUCAAAGAAAUCGUCAGCAGGAACAAAAGGCGAUACCAGGAGGAUGGCUUCGAUUUAGAUCUGACUUAUAUUUAUCCAAAUAUCAUCGCAAUGGGUUUUCCUGCAGAACGACUUGAAGGAGUGUACAGAAACAAUAUUGAUGAUGUUGUAAGGUUUCUGGAUUCAAAACAUAAAAACCAUUACAAGAUAUACAAUCUGUGUGCUGAAAGACAUUAUGACACCGCCAAAUUUAACUGCAGAGUUGCACAGUAUCCUUUUGAAGACCACAACCCACCACAGCUAGAGCUCAUCAAACCUUUUUGUGAAGAUCUUGAUCGAUGGCUUAGUGAAGAUGGCAAUCAUGUUGCAGCAAUCCACUGUAAAGCUGGAAAGGGACGAACUGGUGUAAUGAUUUGUGCUUAUUUGUUACAUCGAGGAAGGUUUCAGAAGGCACAAGAAGCCCUAGAUUUCUAUGGGGAAGUAAGGACCAGAGAUAAAAAGGGAGUAACUAUUCCCAGUCAGAGACGCUAUGUAUAUUAUUAUAGCUACCUGUUAAAGAAUCAUCUGGAUUACAGACCAGUAGCACUGCUGUUUCAUAAAAUGAUGUUUGAAACAAUUCCAAUGUUCAGUGGCGGCACUUGCAAUCCUCAGUUUGUGGUCUACCAGCUUAAGGUAAAGAUAUUCACCUCCUCUUCAGGACCUACAAGACGUGAAGACAAAUACAUGUACUUUGAAUUCCCUCAGCCGUUGCCAGUGUGUGGUGAUAUCAAGGUGGAAUUCUUCCAUAAGCAAAACAAAAUGUUGAAAAAGGGAAAACAAAAUCGGAUGUCACAAG